UUUUUGCAAUUGGCAGGCGUUGUUAGUUUACUAUACUAAACACAAACAACAACAUGGACCCUAAUAUGAAACACGUUACGAAUCUAGUGAACAGCAUCAUUGGAGUCAGUGUGUUGGCAAUGCCCUUCUGCAUGAAAAAAUGUGGACUCCUUCUUGGCCUUGGCUUAAUUAUGGGUGCAGCGUGGCUAACCUAUGUCUCAUGCAGUAUGCUUGUCACAGCAGCUCAAGUAAAGCGCAGACGAACAUAUGAAUACCUCGCGUUUUACACAAUUGGGGGAGCCGGGAAAUUUGCAGUCGAACUUAGUAUGAUUGGCCUUAUGCUUGGUACAUGUGUUGCAUUUUAUGUUGUUAUUGGAGACCUUGCAACAGGAAUACUAUCUACAUUCGUACAAGGCAACACUCUGCAUUUGAGAACAUUUGUGAUCGUAUUUUGUGCCCUCUGUAUUGCUUUGCCACUUGGACUAAUGAAGAAUUUAAGUGUCUUAAGUUCAAUAGGCAUGGUUUCAUUGCUGUUUUACCUGUCUUUUGUAUGUGUCAUGUUGUUUCAAGCAGUAACCAAUGGACUUCUAACAUUUGCUUGGUUACAUGAAGUAGAACUGUUUAAACCUUCGGGCAUAUUCCAGUGCUUGCCAAUUUUCAGUCUUGCAUAUGCUUGCCAAUGCCAACUCUUCGUUGUGUAUGACUCUAUGGAAGAGCCAUCAGUUGUUCGUAUGGAAACCAUAGUUUCCACUGCCAUAAAGAUAGUAACAACAGUAUACUGUUUAGUAGCUAUCUUUGGGUAUGCAGUUUUUAAGGGCGAAGUGCAAGGAAAUGUUCUAAGAAAUUUUCCACAAAAUGUCCUGCUGGACAUAAUUAAAUUUGGAUUUGCCACCUCUGUUGUGGUUGGCUUUCCAUUAAUGAUAUUCCCAUGCAGGCAAAGCAUCUACACCUUGUUUUUUAGGCCACAACCUGUUGAAGGCAUAGCAUCAAAGACCUUUAUUGAGCCAUUUACAUUUAAAGCUAUCACCCUAUCAAUUGUAAUGUCUACAAUGUUGUUAGCAAUAUCCAUUCCAAAUGUGGAAACAAUUCUUGGUUUAACCGGAGCCACAAUGGGUUCUUUUAUCUGUUUUAUCUUUCCUGGAAUUAUAUUUUCUAAAGCUUCGAAGGACAAUAACAGUGUCUCAAAGUUUGUUUUCGGAAUUGGUUGUAUCUUGUUAGUGGUUUGCACAUACUCGAAUCUCACAAGUAUUCCAGAACCUGAGCCUAUUGUACCAGCCGCUGCUGCUGCUGUGCAAGAGGAAGUGAUAAAACAGAAUGAUGUUCUUAAUGAAGUAAACAAAAUGGAGGAUACUUUGGUCAGGGAACAUGAAAAGGAGAAAAUAAUAGAUCCCACCAAACCUCCAAUUGCGGAAGUAGUGGACAAGGAGCACAGACAUGAACCAGCCAACCCAGUAAUGGAAGAACAAGUUGUUAAUGGUGAUCAUGCUAAUGCUGAGAUCCCAGUUGUAAGAAAUGAUGCCUUGGAUGAACUGGUGGCAGCAAACCCAGUGGAGAGAAAUGAUAAUGUUGAUCAAAAUGUUGUACCAGUUGCUGUACCUGAUAAUAAUCCUGCUAUUGGCGGACAAGCAGAUGCAAAUAAUGUUGCACGUAAUGUAGAACCUGUGGUACAGCAGCAUGCGCCUGUAGAAACAGUGGUGAAGCAUUCUGAGAUGCCUGUCCUGGCUAUUGAAAGGUUACCAAUAAGUAAUGUGGAGCAAAAAGUCGCAGAGAACAAAAUUGUGGACCACGUUCAAAUGGAUACUGUGGAACCGAAAGCUCAAAAUGCAGUUGAAGAAAGUGACAGCAACAUUAAAGCGAAAAUACUCCUCGAAAAAAUUAAGGAGCAAAAUAAGAAACAAAAUGAACUGCUACAAGAACAAGGGAAACUCAUUAAGGCUUUAGAAGAUGAUCAGAAGCUAGAAAAUGUAAAAAGUGAAGACUCUGAAAAUAAUUCUGUUGUGAAAUCUAACAGUCUGGGAGAUAACUUGCCGAAUGCUGAACAAAAGUCCCAACAAGAAGUUCCCAAACCCGCUGAUGUAAAACAACCAGUUGUUGCAAAACAACCUGUUGCUAAGAAAACAGGAGACAGCGUUGUCCCACCUGCUGUGAAAGAUGUUGUUCAGCCGAAAGAAGCUGCAGUUGAACAACCAGUUGUCAAAAGAGAAGAAGCGUUAAAUAACGCAGAGAGAGUACAACGAGAUGUAUCGGAAAUAAAGCCAGAAGAAAAGAAGAAAGAAUCUGUGGAGAUGGAUAAAAAAGACCAAACCAACUCUGAUGUUCGAGACACUCAUAUGGAUCAACUGGUAGUGAAUAAAAACAGUGAUGCGCAAAAUGAAGAUCAGACUAUUCCACCAGUACUGCCGAAUGAGGCUGUAAAACUUUCAGUGGAUGAUUUAGAUUCUAAUAAGGAAGAAACAGGAAGAGAAGGAAAACUAGAAGAUGAUGCAGAUGGGGAGAAUAAGCAUAAAACCAGAGACUUAAAAUACAUUAAAACAUAGUGAUACUUCGAUCCAUGAAAUACUACAUUCUUCAAGUUAUAUACUCUAUGCAAUUCCCCAGCCAGUAAUGCUGUAGAAGUGAGCACUUCCAUGAUACAACCAGCGUAAAAAGCCUUGCCAUUUAAAUCUUUGGUUCCUUUAUCUACCUGUUUAUAUAAAAUAAUUUCGGUGGUUUAUCGGGUAUGCAGUUGUUCACUACACAGAUAUAUAUAUUAUGCUUCAUUCUCUAUUCGUUCUCUCUGUUUACUUUGAAGCAGAAUUAGUUGUUUCUACAUAAUUCAAGUAUGUUGGUAGUGCCACUGAUUAAGUGUUGUACUGUGCCUAUUGACUGUAUAAUAUUUGGGUGAAUUCUGCUGUAAUUUACCACUGUAGUUUUUUCCAAACACUGAGAAUUUACAAAAGUUCCAUAUUCAAACUGUCGCUUUAGUAACAUCUGUUCUAUCCAUCUUUGUAAGUAGUAAAAAUGUGGUUAACACAUUUCAGGAUAAAAUAUUCGAAUCAAUGUAGCUCUUUAUAGCGACCUGUAUAAUGUUAGUUUAUUUUUUACCAUGCAGUAAUACUUACCUGUAAGCCAUUUUAGGCAGAUGCCUCCAAUUUAUCAUCUGCGAGAUCUGUAAAGUAAUGCAGUACCUGUGUAUCGUUAUUGCCAGUUUGUUAAGUAGUUUAAACUGUAUGUAGAUGGAUAAAGUGGAAUGUAGAAUAAAUUGUUUGAAGGUGUCUUUAAA